AAUUCAUGGAUGCUACAGAUGCUAGAGAAAUACCUAGUGGAGCACAUGCCUGAAUCCAUAAAGGUUUAUGGGACCAUCUUCCAUAUGAACCACGGGAACCCCUUCAAGGUAAAGGCUCUGGUGGACAAGUGGCCUGAUUUUAAUACAGUAGUUGUCCUUCCUCAGGAACAGGAGAUGAACGAUGACCUUGACCACUACCCCAAAACCUACCAAAUCUUUUCUAAGGAGCCCAAGAACUGUCAAGAAUUCCUUGAUAAACCAGAUGAUAUCAACUGGAAACAACAUUUGCAGAUCCAAAGUAAGGAAAGUGGGGUUGCACAGUCAAGCUUGAAUGAGGUGAUACAAAGUGUUGCGGCUGCUAAAUUGGUCAAGGUCAAGAAAACACAGUGCAUCCUUUAUAUGAUGCCAAUGACAGUAAAGAAACUGGUGCCUUCCCUGUUGGGUACACAGCAUUUAAAAUCUGAGAGUCCCAGGAUUGUCAAUCAAGAGAUGUUUAAACUCUCAUUGCUGGAUGUAGCACACGCUGCCUUAGUGAAUAAGUUCUGGGGUUUUGGUGGUAAUGAGAGGAGCCAGAGAUUCAUCGAGCGCUGUAUCCGGACCUUCCCCACCUUCUGUCUGCUGGGGCCUGAGAAGACUCCUGUGACCUGGGUCCUGAUGGACUAUACCGGAGAGCUGCGAGUGGGAGCCACUGUGCCCGAGUACCAUGGCUUGGGCCUUGGAUCUUAUCUUUCACACAUCCAGAUUCAGACUCUAGAAAAUGGCUUCCCCUUGUAUUGCCAUACUGCCAAAGACAACAAAGCUGUACACAAAAUAAGUCUCAAGCUGAAUUAUGUCACUGUGCCCUGUGACUGGAACCAGUGGAACUGCAUGCCUCUGAGCAGCUGUCUCUCAACACAAGAAAGUGUUGGAGGGCUGUGA